AAUUGCAAAAGAACUAAAUCACAUUACUUCUUCUUCUUCUUCAUCGUCAUCUCAUUUCAGUUCAUAAAAUUUGAUCUUUUUGCAUCUCAAUAAAAUGGCGGAUUCCGUAGUUUCAUUUGCUGUCAAGAAAUUGAGUGAUGCAGUUAUCAGCAAAACAAUUUUUUUACAUAGAGUGAGUAAUCAAGUCGAAAGGCUAUGUGAUGAACUAGUAAGGAUGCGUUGCUUCUUAAAAGAUGCAGAUGCAAAGGAACAACAAGGUGAUGAGCGUGUUCGCAACUGGGUAGCAGAAAUUAGAAACCUUGCUUACGAUGCAGAAGAUGUUAUCGAUACCUUCAUACUUAAGGUUGAUUCCUCCCGUGAAACCAAAGGAAUAAAAAACUUCCUUUCUAGGAAGGCUUUGAUGGUGAAGAACUUGAUACAUCUCUAUAGGGUUGGCAAGGAGAUUCUAGCCAUCCAGGAUAGACUCAAAGCUGUCUCUGAUAGUACUGUCACAUAUGGCUUUCAAGUCGACUUUGGUGGUAAAGAAACUUCAAGUUCUGAAACUAUUCAAAGGAUGAAUCAACAUCCUCUAAGAAAUCGUUAUCCUCAUGUUGAAGAUGAUGAUGUUAUCGGCUUUGAGGAAUAUACAAUGACAUUAAUAACCGAAUUACUGAAAGAUGAAGAAGAACGUUGCGUGGUAUCUAUUGUUGGUGUUGGAGGUUUGGGAAAAACCACUCUAGCCAAGAAAUUGUACAGGCAUGACUCUGUUAGGAGUCGUUUUGACUGUUGCGGAUGGAGUUCUAUAUCUCAACAACUAAACGUGAAAGAUGCUCUCGGAGAAAUUGCGAGGAAGUGCAUGAUUCUAUCAGACGGUGAGUUUGAGAAGAUCAAAGUAAUGAACAAAGAACAACUCAUCGAAAAAAUUCACCACUACCUUCGAGAUAAGCUAUACUUUAUAGUCCUGGAUGAUGUAUGGAAACUUGAUCAUUGGAUUUGUCUAAGUCCUGCCUUUCCAACCGGGAAGAGAGGAAGCAAAGUAUUAUUGACAACUAGAAACAAAGAGGUUGCUUUGCAGAUAGAUCCGGGGAGCCUUCACUUCGAACCUCAAAUUUUAGAUGAUGAUAACAGUUGGGAAUUGCUCCGUAAAAAAGCAUUUCCAAAGAAUAUGACAGAUGUUAAUAUCUACCCAGCAGGUCUUGUGAAGUUGGGAAGGGAGAUGGUGCGUAAAUGUGGUGGUCUGCCAUUGGCAAUAUGUGCGCUUGGAGGGUUAUUAGCAACAAAGAGGUCAGAAAUCAAGCAAUGGGAACUGGUUCAUGGAGACGUUAUUUCAUACAUUAAUAAAGGAGAAAAUGGGGAUGUGAAUGGGAUAUUGGCAUUGAGUUACCAUGAUUUGCCAUCUCAUUUGAAGCCAUGUUUUCUCUAUCUAGGGCUCUUUCCAGAAGACUACGAAAUUCCAAUAAAGAAAUUGAUCCGAUUGUGGGUUGCCGAGGGUUUCAUACCACAUACAAAAGAAAAUUUACUUACACGAAUGGAGGAUAUUGGGGAGCACCAAUAUUUAGCUGAGUUAACGCAAAGGUGUAUGAUUCAGCUUGUCAAGAGAUUUGAAUAUUUGGGUAGAUCAAAAAGUGUAUGUCGAGUACAUGAUCUCUUGCGAGAGCUGUGUUUGUCAAAGGCCAAGGAGAUCAACUUCCUCGAUAUUCAAAAUGAUCAGAACCAUUGCCCUCCUGGAGAUAUACAAACAUCACAUCGUGUGACUACUGAUGCAGGCAAAAGAGUGCGAAGGUAUGAGUUGCUGUGCCAAUUUUGCGUAUCACAAAAUAUUGGAAAUGUGCGACAUCACAAAAUAGAUAUAACAAAAGAAGUUUCUAAAUUAGUUCACUUGAGGUAUUUGAAUUUAGGGAAUCUUUCUGGGUGUUCAGUUUCAUCAUCCAUAGGAAAUUUGCGGAAUUUACAAACUUUGAAGUUGAGUAGUUACGAAGGAAACAUACCUGAAACUACAUCAAAAUUGGCACAGCUAAGACACUUAUACUGUCGUUCAUUGGAUCCAAAAUUUCGAAUCGCGGAUUUUUUAAACCUCCAGACUAUUGGUGGCAUACAAGCUGGAAAUUGGAUAAGAAAAGGGUGUUUGGAGAAGCUUUUAAAUCUUCGAAAAUUGUUUAUAAGGUGUACCUCGAGGUUGCAAACUGAUUUAAUCGUAAAUGAGAUGGUUGGCAAGCGGAUUUCUAUCUCAUCGUCGCCGCCAUCAUCAUCAUCAUCAUCCUUUUAUAAGGUGUACCAGUAUCAAAACCCCAUCAAAUCUUUGUCUAUCUAUACUGAAGAAGGAUUUCCUAGCUCAAUAUUUCAUUCACUUUCUUGUUGUCAUAACCUUCACAAAAUUUAUUUGUCUGGUAAACUAGAUAUUGCCAACCUCCAAACCUACCCACCAAACCUCACCGAGUUAUACUUGACUGGAAGUUUUUUCACAGAAGAUCCAAUGGCAACUCUUCAACAUCUCCCAGAACUGCGGAUUUUAAACUUAUUUAUGUGUGAAUACAAAAGGAAAGAAAUGAUAUGCUCUUCAAAAGGAUUCCCUGAACUCCAGUAUUUAUACAUACAAGGAGAUACAAAUAUAAAAGAGUGGAGGAUCGACCAAGGUGGGAUGCCACAUCUUAAGGGAUUAAAGUUACAUAAUUUCCGUAGAUUAAGUAUGCUUCCAGAAGGAUUAAGGUUCAUCAUUACCCUUGAAAAAUUGGAAAUUGUGAGGACACCAAUGAUCAACGAAAGUGUCGUAGAGGGAUUAGGGGAGGACUGGUACAAAAUUCAACAUAUACCCUUCAUCACAAUCGAGUAAGAAAGUAUGAACAGUGAUAGAAAAUUUUAGUCAGGCACAGUUGUGGUAUCUUUGUAAUUGGAUUGUAAUUUUCUUAAUGGUUGAUUCUUGUAUUUUGUAAUAGUCCAGUUGAAUGAAUUAUGCAUUCAGUACUUCCCA